AACCAUGAUCCUCAGAUGUCAGCCUCCUGGUGAGUAGCUAGCAUUGUAGUCGUGAGCCUUAGUGCCCGGCAAGACUUUUUCUUAAGCUGGUUGCUUUAUCACUGCUUCUGGUGAGCAGAGAUAAUGGGCUACUCUGUUCUGUAAUCAGCCAUGAGGACCUAAAACCUUGUGAUCACAGCUGAAAGAAAACAUGCAUGCACAAUCCAUGCAAGAAAAAUUAUUCACUGCUUUUUUUGAAGGACAGAGAAAUUGAGAAUACUUAUUUUUCUCCUUGGGGACUACAUUAGGCUACACUGCUGCUGUAAUUUUGGGUCAGUUAUUUUGAUGUACUCAUAAGAAAUGUUUUGGCUAUAAAGGUUUUCAUAUAUCUUAGUAUGUUAUAUUUCUGGUGUUUGUAUAUGGUGCUGUAUACUGUUGACAUGAAAUACGUCCUUAGUAGAAGUCAGCAUGGCUCAGCAGAUUAGGACACAGAGGGUAUGACUUAGCGUGCUGGUCAGGCCACCGAAACCUGAGCAAAUCCCCUCAGUUUCCUGUCUGUGAAUAAAGAUAAGUGUUAGUCUCCUUCAGAGAGUGCCCGUGGCAGAUUCCCAGGCUUUAAAAUGACUGUUAGUGUCAGUGUGGAGACACUCAGUGUAGGAACCUCAUCAGUUCCUAAACGGAUCCUGCUUUGAGUAAGUGCAGCGAUAAAGCCUUGGAAUUCUAUCAGAUCCAAUCUGGACCAAACAGCAAGGAAAGAAAGAUGGACCAACCCAGUGGAAGAAGUUUUAUGCAAGUAUUAUGUGAAAAAUACAGUCCUGAAAACUUCCCUUACCGUCGUGGCCCUGGGAUGGGGGUCCACGUCCCUGCCACACCUCAGGGCUCUCCUAUGAAAGAUCGCCUCAACCUCCCAAGUGUACUCGUGUUGAACAGCUGUGGAAUUACCUGUGCAGGAGAUGAAAGAGAAAUCGCUGCCUUCUGUGCUCAUGUGUCCGAACUAGACCUUUCUGACAACAAACUCGAAGACUGGCAUGAGGUCAGUAAAAUUGUGUCAAAUGUUCCUCAGUUGGAGUUUCUAAACCUGAGUUCCAACCCUCUGAAUUUGUCGGUUUUAGAAAGAACGUGUGCUGGGUCCUUCUCUGGGGUUCGCAAACUUGUCCUGAACAACAGCAAAACUUCCUGGGAGACUGUCCACACGCUACUACAGGAGUUACCAGAUUUGGAGGAGCUUUUCCUGUGCCUUAACGACUAUGAAACAGUGUCUUGUUCUUCUACUUGCUGUCAUUCUCUUAAGCUCCUACAUAUAACAGACAAUAACCUCCAAGACUGGACUGAAAUCCGAAAGUUAGGAGUUAUGUUUCCUUCCCUGGAUACACUCGUACUGGCCAACAAUCACUUGAAUGCUAUUGAGGAGCCGAAUGAUUCCCUGGCCAGAUUGUUUCCUAAUCUGAGGUCCAUCAGCCUCCACAAGUCAGGUUUGCAGUCCUGGGAAGACAUUGACAAACUAAAUUCAUUCCCCAAACUUGAAGAAGUGAGAUUGCUAGGAAUUCCUCUCCUCCAGCCGUAUACCACUGAGGAGAGAAGGAAGCUGGUCGUAGCCAGAUUGCCAUCAGUUUCCAAACUUAAUGGCAGUGUGGUUACCGAUGGUGAACGAGAAGAUUCUGAGAGAUUUUUCAUUCGCUACUACGUGGAUGUUCCACAGGAAGAAGUGCCAUUCAGGUAUCAUGAACUGAUCACAAAAUAUGGGAAGUUGGAGCCUCUGGCAGAAGUGGACCUACGGCCCCAGAGCAGUGCGAAAGUGGAAGUCCACUUUAACGAUCACGUGGAGGAAAUGAGCAUUCGUCUGGACCAAACAGUUGCCGAACUAAAGAAACAAUUGAAAAGUCUUGUGCAGUUACCCACAAGCAACAUGCUUCUCUACUACUUUGACCACGAAGCUCCCUUUGGCCCAGAAGAAAUGAAGUACAGCUCCCGGGCAUUACAUUCCUUUGGCAUUAGGGAUGGAGAUAAAAUUUACGUGGAAUCCAAAACAAAAUAACCUCUACCAGCCUUGUAAAAACACACAGAAGGAUUUUUUUUGCAGGGCAUUUGUUUCCAGUGUGGUUUUCUUUAGGAGGGAAAAUGUUAUUUUUGUUUUGUGUUGCUUUGAGAGGGGUUUUAUAUCUUUUUUCCCCUAGAAUGGGUAAGGGGUUGUUUUUGGUAUUUUCUACCGCAGAUUUCUUCAGCUCAGCCAGCAGAACUGGCUGCAUCUCCAGUCCAUCUGCCCCCUCUCAUGGACGAGGACAAAGACAUCACCGUCCGUGUGCUGUGCUCAUGGGUUUGUCUGCCGCUUGGUGAUCAUGGCUCAGGCGUCCUUGUGCAGAUCGCGUGAACAGGGUCCCCUCCGAAGGGUCGCGUCAGAGGGUAGCUUACAGUAUUCACACGUCAGCAAGAGCCGUGUCCCCUCGGAAGGGUACAUGAGGGAGCUCCGCAGUGAGGACCAGUCCCCCAAGCCCAUUCUUGCUUUUCCCUCCCCUCUCUCAUUUCCUUCCCUUUGACUGUGUCAGCAUAUGCUUACCUAAUAGUUUAGUCUGUUCUUAAUUGGUGUUUUUUUUUUUUUUCUCUCAGCUUGGUUUUUUUCCCUCUCAUCUCUCCCUUUCAAGAUAAUUUUGUGUGAUUUAAGCAUUUUCAGCCUGACUCUGAUCUCAGGUAUCAGUAAGAACCUAUGACUGUUAGGCUCUUAAGGAAGGGUAUGUGGAGAGUGAAGACUCCAGGUAAACUUGUGGCCAUUCCGGAAGCACGGGCAGAGCAGUCGGCUCUCUUACAUGCUGUGAUCGCACUGUCAACCUCUCUCAGACACUAUGUCCGUCAUUGCUUCCACAAUAGGAAAUACGUCAGGUUCCAGGUUUCUUUUAUUUCUGCGUAAGAGUACAUUUCCUCCCAUCUUUCUUUCUGAUUUUUUUAAAAAUUACUUUAAGCUAUUGGGAAUAGAAGCCUGACUAUGAAGACUCCAGUAGAGUCCUUGGCCAGGAGAGCAGAAUGUCAGCUCAUAAACUGCCCGUGGUGUGCAUGAGGGGGUGACGGGGGAAACCGGGAAAACAGGCUUUCCACUCCCCUGCCUGUGCCAUCCACCCAAAGCCCUGGCUUUUGCUUGCACUUUGCAGAGAGGGAGUGGGAAACUUUUUAAUCAAAGGGAACUUUGAUUCCCAGUUCUUCUGUGAGGUUUUUGUGAUGUCAUAAUUGCACAGUUCUUUUGUUUUAAUUUAGUUACUCCUGUAGAAAACAACUCUGCUUACAAUCUAUGAGUAAAGUUCACAUGUCAAAACCUCCAAAUUGCCUCCAAGUCAUAUUUUUUUUUUGCAGAAGCACAUUUAAAGCACUUUUCCUCUACAAACUAGACCCUUGCCUACCCUGACAUCUUUUUGUUUGCGCUUCUAUUCCUCUAUUAAUCAGUUGUAGCACUUUGCUUGAGGGUACAUCUUUCUUGGUCCUCCACGUUGACACGUGUGAAACGAGGAGUACUUAGCGUAUGCAGGUGGAAGGUAGGCAGGGGAAGUGUUCUUUGGAGGAUGCAGUUCUCUGGUUCCAUCUGACCUUUUGACCUUUGUUACAUAACUCUACUGCAGAUUUCCUUUCUUAUGAAAUGUUUAAGAUAACUCUUGUAAAUUCUUCAUGUGAGGUAUUGUGUUUAUUAUUGCUACUUUAAACGUUUUCCUCUGUCAUGUGGCAGAUGCUUAUUCUCUUGAUGCACUUCAGGUUCGGUAUCUCUAAAGCCUUUGGCUCAGGCCUACUGAGCAGAUCUGCGCUCACGGAGGCCCUACAGGUGGAAACCAAAGGGCUUGCGGUAGGCGCCCGGGGCCUGCUCUCCUGCUGCUGCAGACUUUAGCUUUCAAAAUCCUAAGAAUGAGCAACAGAGACCCAGGCUGGGUAGAGACAAGAGCAAUUAUUUUGUAGUCACAUUUUCCUGACAGAUUUUUGGAAAUAGAGGGGGUAAAAAGUAUGGCAACAGUGUCACAAAGAUGAAAACUGUGGGUGCUUUGUGUGUGCGCUUGAGUGCAGAUGAGUUUGAGAGAGCAGCGGUGUAAUUGAGCCGGGUGCUUUUGUCAGCCUGGGAGACAGUUGGAUGCAUUCUUAGUUUUUGAACUUGUAAGAUCCCCAGCUGCCCCCAGCGGAAGGCAGAGUGAACACUUACACUUCAGUCAUACGUGGAAUGGUCAUACUAAGAUAUUUUAUAUAUGACAAAGUUUUAUGAAAUGCUUUUUUACUGUCAAGAGACCUGUUUCUUCCCUUGUUGCAGGGCAUGGUGUUUAUCGACUGCAGCAGGCAGAAUUCUUAUACGGCUGCAUGUCAAGGGAACUUGUCUAAUUCAGCUGAUGUGGAUAUUUUUAAGGCACUGUAACUGAUGGUUUGAAUAAUUGCUGAAUCAUUUUUUAUUAGAAAAAUGAAUACAAUUAUUGGUCUUUUAGCGUUACCAAGCAGAAGUAAAUGAGAAAGCUUUUGGAGCAUGUGUACUUACAGAGUCACUUGGGUGACUGAGGAAAGAUGCCGCUUUUGAAGUACAAUUGGUGCUGUGUAACCAAAACUAUCUUUUAACAGGCCCAAACGGAGGAAAGAAGAGAGGACAGACCUUUGAGUCCCCAAAACUUGCCUAACGGAUCGUCUGUGGCUUCUCCAUACUUUAAUAUUGAUUUCUUCCAGAGUGAAUGAGAGCAAAUUAUUGACAGUUAGGAGGCAAAGUGCUGUCCUGGCCACUGUC